GAAUUGCCCUCCAUAAAAACUCGUAUUUUCAAAACCGUGGCUUUCCUUCAAUCGCCCGACCCCGGAAGAACAAUGGUUACCGGGAAACGGGUGCGGAGCUCCGCUUUGCUUCUAUGUCUAAUCUUCGUCGCCUUUUCAACGUUUUCUCCCCUUUCCUUUGCCAACGAACUUUCUUUGGUUGUUGGGGAGUUUAAUAAGACACUGCUGUUAACUCCUGCCUUGCAAGUGGAGGAGUCCCCUGGUUUAAAGCCAGGAACUAGAGCUAUUUGUGAAAGAGUUCACAUUGAUGGUUUGUCUAGGUUUAGGAAUCUCAAGAAGUUUGCUCAUUCAGUAAAGGUGAAGGUUUCACAAGGGAAUUCCACCCUACGCAGGCUGAAUGUUGAAGUUUGCUUCCAUAGGAAUGCUUCACUUGGGAUUGGGAUGUGCCCUCAAGGCAAGUGGGAGAAGCUUUCGAAGGGUUUAUGGGUUAAAUCCAUGUCUACUUUUGAUCACAAGCUCUUGGAUAUACGGAUAACCAGUUCAUCUACACAGACCCUUGAGGUGUCCAUUGAAGAGGAAUUUUUCCUAUAUCACAUAAUAUUUUUAAUAUCAGGCAUUGUGUUGUUGAGCUUGGCUCCUGCUCUAAGCCAGUCCUUAGUAUUUUACUAUGGUAGUGCCAUGGCAGUUGGUGUCAUCCUUGUGGUGUUGAUAGUCCUGUUUCAGGGAAUGAAGCUUCUUCCAACUGGUCGGAAGAGCUCACUUGCAAUUUUUAUAUAUUCAUCUAUGGUUGGGUUGGGAUCUUUUCUUCUCCACUAUUUGCCAAGAUUGUUGCAUUCAAUACUUUCAGAGAUGGGAAUCAGUGAAGACAUGUAUAAUCCUUUGGCUAUAUUUCUUCUGGGUUUUGUUGUUCUUGCUGGAGCUUGGUUGGGAUUCUGGGUUGUCCGCAAACUUGUCCUGACAGAAGAUGGAUCAAUUGACGUAAGCACAUCUCACUUUGUUGCUUGGUCCAUCAGGUUGUUUGCUGGUAUUAUGAUCCUUCAGAGUUCUGAGGAUCUCCUCCUUGCAGGAGAGGCAUUAUUAUCUGGAAUGAUGCUCUCAUCAGUUUUGCGUAAAGUCACUAGAUUUAGAUUUCUGCGCCGGGUUUACAAGAAGUUGUUCAAAUUAGUCAAAGUCAUUGGAAGAAAUACUCAAAUUCUUGAUUUAUCACCAGAUAAAUAUUCUCAUGAUGAACAUAUCUACAAGAGGCCUGAAGACUAUAAUUUUCUUAAGCAACGGUCUAAACACUUUCCCCUGGCUUCUUGCAAUACUCCUGUGCAAGGUAUUACCGGCAUGUCUUCUAGUCAGCUGUCACAUAUGGACUCUUAUCCUUCCACCUUUCACAACACUCCAGAGAGGAGAAAAUUUUCUGAAGGUAAGUGGGAGAAGUUCACUAGAGACUCCACAAAAAGGGCUGUUGAAGAGCUUGUUUCUUCACCUGAUUUCAGAAAAUGGGCUGCAGCUAAUGCUGAGAGGAUCACUGUAACACCCAGAAAUAGUUCUGCGGGUGCUUCUGUCCGUCGUCAUCGAUGGUUCCUUUGGUCUUAAGUAGCUAAUUAUCAAUUGUAGAUUCCAGGCAUUGCAAUUGAAAGAUGCUGGCAAACUCAAAACUAACAUCCGGCGUUCUAAGGGCAUUCCAAGGUUCGAUUAGCCCGAGUACUGGAAUGAAUGAGAAUGCUGCCAAUGUUGUGCACUUGUACUAUAUAAAGUAGAAUUCAUGUAAAAAGUCUUCUGUCAGAUCUAGGGACUAACAAGUUCUUUAUUAUCCUUCAACUCAGGGAAGGUCUCUCUCUCUCUCUCAUGUCAUGUGAUGAAACUCAAUACAAGGGUGAUGACACUAGCUAGGGAGCCUUAUUGUUAAAUCUAUUUUAUACGAAAGAAUAGCAGCGUUUUUCGCCAAAAGAGAAAAAGGAAAAGGCUCUUUGGUGACUUUCCAAAGAACGUCAUUACG